AGUAGACAGCACUGUGCAGAGAAGAGAACUUCUUUGUUUUGGCACUUGGAAGUUUUUGGUUAUUUUCUGCAAUAUUGUGUAUGUAUAUAAUAUUUUACUGUAUUUAUAUACCGAGGAUAAAAAUACUGAGACUCGUGUACAACUACCAUUUUUUGUAAGGAGCUUCUUCUACGUGCGUGUGUCACGUUUAGGAGCAAACCCUUGUCUUGUUCACAAAAACACAACCUCCACUCCGCACAGCUCUCAUUCCCUCUCAACUCAACGUUCUCAUCAAUCCUCCGGCGAAGUUCUGUCUUUCCCUCUUCUCUUUCUCACAUCCUCUCCCAAUCUCACUCACUCAAUAUUUCAUCGCCGUAACCACCAUUAUCUUCUCUCCAUCAUUAUCCAUUUUUCACCACCAUCAGCCACCACCAUUGCCGGCGCUACCAUCAACCUUCUCUCUCACUCACUCUGAAACUCACACCCGCACAUCCUCUUCUCUCUCAACCUUCUCCUUUUCUCUCUUCAACCACCCAGCCUUCACCGUCACUACCAUCCUCUGAGCCCCUAUCUUCAUCGUCGCCGCAGCUCACUCCAAAAAUUUCCCUCCAAAAGUUUCCUUCCUUUCUUUCACAAUUCACACACUCGAAAGAGGGUUCCCACUUCUGAAGAAGCUUCUAGAAUCUUCUGAUGGCUUCAUCCUCGCACGGCGACCAAAUGAGGAUCGUGGCGACCCAGUUCUGUUCUGAUGAUCAGACUCUCAUUGCU